AGAGGCUUUCCACCGGAUUGCUGGUGCAGAUGGUGUUGAGGACAUGCUUUGGGAACUGCGUCGCGCUGUUGGAGAGUCUGCCGGUGGCGGCGUCAGUAGCAGCGAUAGCAGCAAUGGAAUGUGGAGCAACAGGCCCCUGCUGCCUGCACGCGUCUGUGAGGUUGCCAUGAAAAAAACCGCGGCCUGGGUUCUGGAUCCUGCAAGCCAGUCUCAGGGAAGUCCCGAAACCGCGCAGCAAAUCGUAGAGCUUCUACUGCACAACAUGCGCUAUAGCCAGCUCGCUGGGUUUACGCUGGAGUGCAUGGGUUCAAUACUUUGGAGCGUGGGCAGCAUGUGGGGCUCAUCCGCAGCCCGCAGUAACCAGAGGAGUCGCAGCACUAACGACAGCGAUACUACUCCUGAACGUUUUCCCCAUAUAGAUAUGGAACUAGGGUCCGACUGUAGCUGCCUGCAGCUGCCAAGUGACCAGCAGCGGGUCAUGCUGCAGGUCGUACAGAAGUGGCUGGCAAGCUCCGAAACCAUGGAGUGGCUGGCGAACAAGUCGUACACUACCCGCUUGUCGGAUCUCGUGUCGCUGCUGUGGGGCUAUGCGGCUCUGUUACUUGUGGCGACGCCAGAUAUGCAGCAAUCCCAGCGACAGCAGCAGGUGGAAGGAGCCGUGGGCAGAAGCAAGCGUCAACCGGGGCUUGAUCCUUGCAAAGUCUUUGCUCCGGAUACAGGUAGCACAACAGCAGACGGAUUCAGAGUUGACGCCCGGCCUUCCCUGGAUCAUUUGGCGCGUCGCACGGCAGACUUGUUGACUGCGUCGUACGGUACGGGCGAGCCGGUGGCAGCUGCAGCGGAGCUUACGGAUCUGGCUUGGGCGUUAUCUGUGAUUGAUCAAAGGUCUGCUGCUACGGCUCAGCUAGCCGAGGCAAUAGCACAUGAAGUGUACCGCCAAUUGUCCAACCGCUACAGCCUGCAAGCGCCUUUCACUGCAGGGGACAUCGUCAAAAUCGUACAAUCCUAUGCUCAAAUGGGGCUAACCGAUGGAUCCAUCGCUCGCAUGUACGACGCGGUUGGCAGUCAUGUUGCUAAACGCAUUCGCGCUGGCCAUGUGGGUGCAAUGACGCGGCCUGCGGACUGCGCAGCACUGCUGCAGGGUUUCGCUGAUGCGGGUCAUGUUAGCGUGGUGGUGCCGGAGCUGCUCACAGCAUGUGCAAUGCAGAUUAGUCAGGAGGUAGCAGCCUUCAAUGAGGCGUCGGAGGCUGCACCCGCGACAACCGCUGCUGCCGUCAUUACUUCGGCCGCUGUAUGCUCCAAUCCUCCGCAUUCUGGCGCCACAGCCGCAGCCGUCACCUCCAGCG